AUGUUUCUAGCUGCAGUUGCACGUCCUCGGUUUGAUUCGUUUGGGAAUGGAAUUUUUGUUGGGAAAAUUGGUAUUUGGCCAAUACUAGAACAAAAGCCGGCACAACGAAACAACAAAUACAGAAAAGCCGGUACUCUUGAAACCAAACCGAUUGAUCCCAUCAACCAAAAGGUUUCAAUGUGUUUUAUGAUCAAUAAAGUUAUACCAGCAAUUCGAGCUAAAUGGCCUACAGGAAACACACGUACCAUUUAUAUUCAACAAGAUAAUGCAAAGCCCCAUAUUGGUAAACAUGAUAAGGAGUUUAAGGAAGCGGCAUCAAUUGAUGGGUUCAAUAUGCAACUCAUAUGUCAGCCUCCAAAUAGUCCAGAUAUGAAUACUUUGGACCUUGAAUUCUUUGUUGGUAUCCAAAGUUUACAACAUCGGGUGGCUCCUGAAGAUAUUGAUGAGCUUAUUUCCGCUGUGGAAAGUGCUUUCAAUAAUAUGUCAGCUCGCACUCUCAAUAGGGUCUUCUUGUCCCACCAAUUAUGCAUGCGGGAGGUUUUAAAAUGUCGUGGGGGAAUCGAUUAUGAUUUGCAGCACAUAGGGAAGCAGAGUUUAGACCGCAAUGGUAAGCUUCCUUUGCAAAUUGCAGUGGAAAAGCAUCUAAUUCAUGACGUAUUGGUGGAGCGCAACAUGUUGUCUGAAUUCUGGUCAAGUCUGGGUUCAGGUGUUUUAUCUAGCAGUGAAAAUCCCAUGUAG